AUGGAGACAAAAGCCCUUCUUAGCUUCAAAGAAGGUCUCACAGAUCCAUCGGGUCGUCUCUCUUCUUGGGUUGGUGAGGAUUGCUGCAAUUGGACAGGCGUUGGUUGUGACAAUUGCACAGGUCAUGUCAUCAAGUUGGACCUCAGAAACUCAUUACCGGUGAUUGAAUUAGAAUUUAUUGAAGGCAAAUAUUAUCCAACAGAAGAUGACGAUUACAGUGAUGAAAAAAUAAAAGCUUACGAGAAGUCCUGCUUGGGGGGUAAGAUAAGUCCUUCAUUACUCAAUUUAAAGCAUUUGAGUUACUUGGACCUAAGCCUGAAUAAUUUCAGUGGAAACACUAUUCCAAAGUUUUUGGGUUCCCUUGAGAGUUUGAUGUAUCUUAAUCUCUCUUUCUCAUUUUUCUCCGGAGUUGUUCCUCCCCAACUUGGAAAUCUAUCAAGGCUGCAAUAUCUAGACCUCAAUUCAGUUUCAUUUUCAUCCUACAUCCAAUUGGUCAUUUCCUUUCCACCAUGGGGAUUGGAAGUCAAAAACCUGGAGUGUUUGGUUGGUUUUCCUUCUCUUAGGUACCUUAAUUUGGGAGGUGUAAAUCUUGAGAAAGUACCCGAUUGGCUUCAUUCAGUUAACAUGCUCCCUUCCUUGGGGGAGUUACACCUAGUUGACUGUAAACUCGCUAGUCUUCCUCACUCUGUUUUCUCCAACAACUCGACAUUGCUUUCAGUCCUUGAUCUCUCUUACAACCAUUUUGACUCUUUAAUACCUCAUUGGUUGUCAAAUCUGAGUAGCCUUUCAACAAUAAAUCUGGCGUACAAUUGGCUUAGAGGUGCUAUUCCAGAUGGUAUGGGACAUCUAGCCAACUUGCGCAGCUUGGAAUUAGCUGACAACGAUCUAAUUGGAAAGAUACCGAACUCAUUUUUAAACCUUUGCAACUUGCAAACAUUAAAUCUACAGUCCACCAACAUAAGUGGGGAGGUAGUUGAGUUUUUAGAUGGCUUGUCUCAAUGUUCCAACAGUAGCCUUGAGUAUCUAGAUUUGAGUAAAAAUAUCUUCCUUGGGGGAAACUUGCCCUAUUCAUUGGGAGGUCUCAAGAAGUUGAAAAUUAUUAACCUCUUUGAAAGCUCUGUUGGGGGUUCAAUUCCAUAUUCUAUUGGAAACUUGAUGUCAUUGCAAAUACUUGACCUCUCUCGAAGCUCUGUUUGGGGUUCAAUUCCAUAUUCUAUUGGAAACUUGACGUCAUUGCAAACACUUGACCUUUCAGAUAAUCAAAUGAACAGAACCAUUCCAGAAAGCAUCGGGAAACUGUCAAUGCUUGUUGCAUUGAGACUUUAUUCGAAUUCUUGGGCAGGUUUCCUAACUGGAGCUCAUUUUCAAAAUCUCACCAGAUUAAAACUUCUUUGGUUGGAUACGAAAUUUUCUUCGAAAUGGACUUUAGUUCUUGAUGUCAAACAUGAUUGGGUUCCUCCUUUUAAGCUAAGAAAGAUUCAAUUAAGAAACAUGAAGAUCGGCCCAAAGUUUCCAGCAUGGCUACAAACACAAAAUAAACUCAGACUUAUUGUGCUCGACAAUGUUGGCAUUUCGGACACCAUUCCGCAUGGCCUCUGGAAGUCCUGCCCAAACGUCACUUUUUGGAGACUAUCCGGUAACAAGCUACAUGGGCAGGUACCAUACUUUGAAUUUCCGCAUUGGGCAUACUAUUUUGAUUUGAGUUCCAACAACUUAGAGGGUCCACUUCCUCUUUUUCGUAGUAAUCUGUCUCUACUAUUUCUUCAAAACAAUAUGUUUUCUGGACCUAUUCCUGAAAACAUAAGUGAACUAUUGCCCAAGUUAUCUUGGUUGGACCUUUCUUCAAAUUCAAUUACUGGUAGAAUUCCCCACUCUAUUGGAAUGCUUAAGGAAUUGAUAGGUCUUGUUUUGAGAAAUAAUUCCCUCUCGAGGAAACUCCCCCCUCAUUGGAAUGAUUUACAGGAUUUAUUGGUGUUGAACUUAGCAGAGAACAAUAUAUCUGGCAGUGUUCCAAGUUCAAUGCAAUAUUUGAAAUCACUAGAGCUAAUAUCAUUGAGCCAAAAUCAUCUUGAAGGAGAGCUUCCUUUUUUCUUUAGAAACUAUAGAAACUUGCAAAUCCUUGAUCUUGGAGGAAACAAGUUCUCUGGAAAACUUCCAGCAUGGAUAGGAGAAAGUUUAUCGUCUUUAUUGAGGAGCAAUCCCUCAAUGUUUAGGAAACUUCAGUUAUGA